AUGCUGCCCAUGUUCGGCGUGACCAUCCGGCGCAUCGCGACCAUGUGGAUGAGCAACGCGGGGACGCGGAUGAAUUCCGCCACGAGGCUCCUGCUCUGCAUCGUGCAGAUCAUGAACAUCACCACCUCGUGGCGGCCUGCGAACGAGACCGACAUCUGGUUGGACCGGUUCCAGACGCACUGCCUGGCGCUCUCCAUCGCCUCCGUGAUGCAGAGUUGCGUCGUGGACUACAUCAAGAAUUCGGGCCUGCUCGACCUCCGCUGGGCGCCGCGCGACCACGUCGUGGACACGCUGCUCCGGACGAUGAUUUGCUUCUUGGCAAUUUGCGUGUUCGUGUCCGACCUCUGUGACUUGCAGGAGAGGGGUGGCAACGACAUGGUCGCGUUGUACGGAUCCUUCCACGGGCAUUCGACCAAGUUGUUGGUGGGCUUGAUCUACAUGAUCUUCUUGUGUCUCGGGACAUCUUCGGUGUUCAGCACUCUAUGGCUCGUGCUGCCAACGGAGUGGUGGAAGAGCAUGGGCUGCCGGGGGUGCACGCAGAUCGCGUCUGGCGCCGAGAAGUCCGCUUCCACGCCCGGAAAGUUCUACAGAGGGUCGUCUCCUGUCUGA